AUGGGAUCAUUGCAGAUUGCAGAAGAUGGCCAACUGCGAUUUUUUGGGCCCACUUCAAAUCUUCAUAUAUCACACGUGGGUCCAUUUCCACUUUUCAAUUCAAAUAUUCGCUUGGUUCACUGGAAUGAGGCCCUCAUUCUUACGGCCGCUGGGGUCAAUAAUCAUGUUGAUGAAGAGUUGGAGGAUCAUCUAACCAAACUAUAUUUCGCUUGGGAAAAUCCGAAUAUUCCGUUAGUCGAUGAGAGGGCAUAUUAUCAGGGAAAGAAUUGCUAUCGAAACCUCAAUCAACCGAAUCAUCGAUAUUCCGAGGUUCUGAAUAACGCCAUUUGUGCUAUUGGAGCUACUUUAACUUCUCGAUAUUGCCCCGAUUUACCAGAGUCCCUUGUUGACUUCUUUGCGACAAGGUCCAAGGCCCUCCUGGAGGUUGAAAUGGAUUCGCCGACUCUAAGUACCGUCCAGUCUCUUGGCAUCUUAAGUGGUGUAGAGGCACUUCUCACCAGAGAUGCUCGUGGCUGGCUGUACAGUGGAAUGGCGAUGCGGCUUGCUACAGACCUUGGCCUCCAUAUGGAUGCUGCCCCUUUCGCUGAACGGGGUCUGAUAGAUCUUGAAGAAGCGCGCCUUCGCAGCUCAACGUUCUGGGGCACUUAUGCCCAUGAAAGGAUGUGGAGCUUGUAUGUCGGACGCCCCGAAGCCAUUGACCACUUGGACAUUACUGUGCAGCUUCCUUUCCCAAGCAACUCUCAGCCUGAUGUAAACGAUGUUUGGCGCCCAUACAUUGAUGAAAAUCAACAAGCCAACAAUUGGGAAUCCCAAGCAUUACUUCAUGAAGUGGCUCAUGGGACGGUCACACUUUGCACUAAAAUGGCCUCAAUACGCAAAGUCCUUUACAGUAUCCCCCGAGGGGCCAAGCCCGACAUCAAAAAGCUUUAUACUUUUGCAGCCAAAGCAAGAGAUGAGCUUGCUGUCUGGGUGUCUGGAUUAUCAGAAAGCGUAUCUGUGGAUAUGAUGGAUCUAGGUCGUAUUCACCUCCCUCACGUCCUACAGCUACACAUGCAAUUCCAUGCCGUUCGGAUUAUUGUUGAUCAGCCUUUCGCCUUUCAAGUACCUGGCCUAGGAGGCUUAACCGAAGAAAACAUAACCCACAGCCGGGAAUGCUGUCAUGAUGCCGCUCUUUCUAUUACCAAACUUUUGCAAGCCAUUCGUCGCCAUUUCUCACUCCGCCGAGUCAAUCUUCAGACUGUUCACCUUAUCUUUACAGCAAUGCUGGUGCACACUCAAAGCGCUUUCCUAUCCCCCGACUUCCAGAUGCGUGACACAGCGCGAAGGCAACUCGAAAUUUGUUCACAGGCUCUAGGCGAAAUUGGCCAAGCUUACAAGAACGCACUCCGAGCCUUGGAAGUGAUCACUUCUAUUAAAUCAGAACUACUCCGCCACCAAAGAAGAGAAUCCACUAGCGGUCUUAGUAUUAUCGGUCAGUCGAAUUCUAUAAGUUCUAUGAUUGCGCUUGGUCAGAUUCAAUCGGGCAUAUUCGGUGCAGAACCGGGGGCAUCACAGUCAUGGCCGGAUAACUUUACGAACAAUUCGAUGUUUAAUCUUUGUGGGAGUGUACCAGACGUCGACUUGGACCGGUGUGCUUCUAUGGCUGACCAACUUCCUCUACCCAACCAUUCUUCAUGGGCACCAUGUGUUGAUUCCUCUGCUCCCUUGUGCCCUGAAGAAAAUGACCCGGCAGCCUCUUCGCUGCAUUAA